GGCGGUGCUGACGCAGCAGCGUGGAGCCCGGGACUCGGGCGCCCCGGGGCGUUCCAGCCGCCGGAUUCCAGCCCGGCCGGGGCCUCCGCCUGCCCUGGGUGGGCCCCGCUAAGCCAGGCGGCGGCGGCGGCGACGACGGAGCGGCCCGCGAGCGCCUCGGGGUGGACAUUGAUCCUAUGACGCAUGCCCGGAAGAAACGGCUCUUACUUCUGAAACACUCAGCUGGUUCUGCUGGCCAAGCUUUGUCACCGAUUGACGGUGAGAGAAUGGAUAGGACUGAGGCGGAGGAGAGCGAGCAAGGAAAUGGCACGGAGGGGCCGAACUGCCAGGGUAGAUUUGCAAGCGUGAAUAAAAGCAGGAAUUCGCAGGAACUCAGAAAGACGUACCCAUUGAGGAAACGUCUCAGCUCCUCUGUGGAUAAAAAAACGUGCUCGGUGCUCCUCACUAGACUGGAGGAUGUCGCCGGAUCACUGUCACCGGAGUCUCAGAGCGGGAUGAAAAGAGGUCUCUCCAGUUGUAUAGAUGACUUCAGGCCGGCCUGCUUUCCAGAACAAGUUCCUCUGGUGGGAGCAGGGAAACCAGAUUCUUCCAUGGGGAAAUGCACAAUAUCGUGUCCAGUAGCUGAGAAGGAGGGGCACAAUGCCUUUUUCUCAGAACCCAGGAAGCGGAGGCUAGCUUCCCUGAAUGCCGAGGCAGUGAACAACCUACUUUUUGAACGGGACGAUGGCUUAUUAUCCAGCAGGCGUUUUCGAAAAGAUUCCCCCAAAGUCAGUGGAGUUUGUUGCACUAAUAGCUUAUGUUGCAAAGCUGAGGUUGGUUGGGCCUUGGUGGAAAAGCAGAGUUCUAAAACAGUGAAGGGAAAGAACCAAGAUAGAUCAGGUCUGAAGUGUGUUCCUUACAACCAGUUCUUGGAUGAUGUCUUUGAAGGGAAAAGGCGGGAGGAUAGUGGGAUUUCAUAUCACCCUGCUCCAAAGAGAUUGGCCAGUCUCAACGCUGCAGCAUUUCUGAAACUGACCCAUGAAAAAGACCAACCGCUGAAGCCGAGGAGUAAAUCAACUGGAGAAAGCAAGUCUGAAAACCACAGUUCCAAAUCAAAGCUCAAGUGGGCCAAAGCCAAUGGGAAGAAUUGUGUUAAAUCCAAAAAGGAAACGUCCACUAUAAAAAUAGAGGGUCAGCAUAGCUGGCAGGGGGUCCCUGAGAGUGCGUUUGGAAAAGUAGUCCAUCAGGAUUCUCCUCGAAUCUAUCGGAAACCGGAAGCUGUCAAUUAUGAACCAUUACCUAACUCUUGUGAAGGCACAGAGGGUUUCUAUCACAGACUGCCUUUGCUAAUGGGUGGGCAAGCUUCCAUGAAGCCUGAAUAUGGAAGGCCUGGGGAGAAAUCUCCUACUCCCAAGCAGGAAUUUCAUCAGCCUUCCUUCCCAGUACCUCAGUUCCAUCCUUUGCCCGUGCCGGGAAAUCAUCCAGAUUGUGGCUGUCUCUACGAAUCGUCGGACUUGACUCCAUUGAAUGGAUUAUAUGUUUAUUAUGGCCAAAGUGGAUACAAUACUUACACUCAUUGCUCCGUUUACCCGAAGGAUGACCUGUCACAGGCAACGGGUUGUGAGGGGCUUUUGGUAUCUCCAGGAUCAUUACCGUCAGACCCCUCGUUUCAGCCAUUUCACUGGUGUAACUCUCCGUAUUGUUGUGGGAAAGGACCGGCAAUGAACAGUUACAGCCUAUGUGGAGUUAUGCAUGUACCGGAAAGCAGAAUCGGUAGUGUGCAUACAGGACGGAACAGCUACCCUUAUAAGAUGCCUUUUGCAGCAGACAGCUGCAAGUCCCUGGACCAGCUGAGCCUCACCAUCCCUGUGGCAGGGCACCCUGUUUCACCUGCCCACCCACUCUCAGGAUGUCCGGUACCCAGUGUGCCACCCGCUGCAGAGCCUGUUCCUCACUUGCAGACGCCCAACUCAGAGCCCCAGACUAUGGCCCGCGAAUGCCCACAGAGCUCCAAGCCACCCAGCGGCUCUAAAUCUGGCCUCCGUAAUACCACGAGCUGUUUACACGUGUCUGACAGCAAAACAGUUGGGGGUCACUCUCAUCCAAAGCAGCAGCGCAUCAACCGGAGGAGGGCCACAAACGGCUGGAUACCCAUUGGAGCAGCUUCCGAAAAGGCGGUCUAUGUGGUGAAUGAACCAGAGCCAGCUGUUCGUAAGAGCUACCAGGCGGUGGAGAGAGAUGGAGAGAUCAUCCGGGUCCGAGACACAGUCCUCCUGAAAUCAGGACCACGAAAGAAGUCUAUGCCUUAUGUGGCAAAGAUAUCUGCCCUGUGGGAAGACCCCAAAACAGGGGAACUGAUGAUGAGCCUCCUGUGGUAUUACAGGCCGGAGCACACUCAGGGAGGCCGCAAUCCGAGCAUGCAUCAGAAUGAGAUCUUUGCAUCCCGACAUCAGGAUGAAAACAGUGUUGCCUGUAUUGAGGAGAAGUGCUAUGUUCUGACCUUUGCAGAGUACUGCAGAUUUUGUGCCUUGGCAAAGCGUCGCGUUGAGGGCAUCCCAGGCAAGAAAACAGUGAUGGUUCCUCCAUCAGAAGAGUAUUCCACCCCUGCCCAUCGCAACGUGCCAGAGGACACGGAUCCGGAGUUGGUUUUCCUCUGCCGUCACGUGUACGACUUCAGACAUGGACGCAUCCUGAAGAACCCACAGUAACGGAGCCCUGCAACUGUGGGGUUGACAAGUGGCGACGGAGAGCCAAGGGCAGGCUGGCCUCAUGGUCCGUGGACACGCCUCCUCUCGUGGAGCCCGGCCCACAGGCACAGAACAGAACGCCUAAGCACUCUAUCCUCUGCAUUUGGGAGCAGCUUUCCUGUUAAGGCAGAUGUUCAAAGCACAGCACUUCUUAUAAAGAGCAUAAACGAAAAUAUAUAUCUAUAGAGAAAUCCGUGUGUGUAUAUAGAUAUAGGUACUCGCUUCUGUAGAUCUAUAUCUAUAUAUGUACAACGAGCUUCAUAUAUUGGGGGAGGGGGGACGGGGAGGAUGGUCCAGGGGAUAAAAGCCAGUAAACAGAUGAAUCCAGAGCCAGUCUUGGUGGGGUGGUUAGAACACACAGAAGGGAAACUUCAGUGCAGGAGUGAGUCAAGCUGCGAUAGGCCCCUGAACCCGUGACUUCAUAUGAAGGGUAAGGUAAGGGCAGCAGCCCUUUUGAUUGGUAUAAUCCUUAGGCUGGAGGCAAGAUCCUGUUUUGGAGACUGUGGUGUACUUCUCACGUGCUGAAUAUGUUUCUUUAUGUAAGGGCAGAAGGACCACACUCAAGGUUGUUUAUUUCCUACGGCUGCCCAGUCAGAUUAGGGCUUCCCUGGCUGGCUGUGGGCUUCAUCUCCAAAGCGGGAAGUGGGAAAGGUGUAAUAGGAUUACCUCACGCCAUUGUGAAAAGCUGCAUCUCUUCUUGCGGCUGUGGUCCUAAACCAAUCGCUUAGCAGUACAUUCCACUGAAAUCGGUGGGACCUACUUCCAAGUGAAUAUAGGUAAGAUUAGGAUAUAAGAAAACAGGGCCCAGCCUUAAGGAUCGCCCUUGUUGCGGGGUGGCCGCCUGGAAAGCUGCCAGCGCAUGAGGUUCGAGUGACAGCUGCUACAAUACUGAACUCUUCCCGCCACACGUCUGGAGAGGCAUCUCUUCUGCUGGUAGAAGUAGUUUGCAUUCUUUCCCAUCCCAAUUCCAUUUUCUUUGCUCUCAUUUAUGAAGCCAGAGUCAGGCCAUGACCGUGUGUACUGCUUACGCUGCAUCCUUUUUAAAACAGGCAUCUUAACCUGACCGGUUUAACCUGGUGUGCUCUUGCCUGCCUACCUCUCUUCUCUCCCAGCCUCCCCAAAUUUCUAGCACUGUCCAUCUGAGCAUGCCCGCCAAGGUGAGACUCUUGGGCUCCUAAAAGGAACUGACCAAUGAGAGGUUUGCAUUUUGAGAAACUGCUACCUGAUUCCUACAGAUACUUCUGCCUCUUGCCUUACAUGUAUAGCUCUUAGAAAUACUUUAGUUUAGCUUUAACACAAAGCUAUUUCAGUUAAUUCUAAAGCAAACCAAAGGACAGCAUAAGAAGAGUCCACUGAAUCAGUCACACAAAGCUGGGAUUCCAUUUGUAGAUUGCACUAAUUCUAAAGAAUGAGAAUCAACACUGUAUCAGUCCGUGUACCUGCUGACAGCCAGAGUCGCUCACCUGAACUAGGGACCUGCGAUUUGGGGGUGGGGUCCGAACUAGUGUUAAAUGAUAUAGAAGUGUUCCUACGGCUUUAAUAUUGUCGUCUUUUCAAGUAGAAGUAGCACUACCUGUACUUGCCCACAGGCUAGAAUCAAGAUUAUGGCCACCUGUGCUCUACGCCUGCCUGGCCUGGCCCGGAGAAAGUAGACCUGCCAUGUUCAGUUCUUUGUGCGUUAAAGCAAGCGGUAUCUACAGAUCUGCUCUACAUACCAAAGAGGGGAAAGUGACAGGAAGAGAGAAGUUGAAAAAGCUGAAGCUCCUGGUGGUAGCUCCUGGUCACAAGGGGAGGAUUCCUGCUGUACUCUAGUGGGAGACUAUUUAUUCCUGCUGUUAGGGGAAACCUCCUGUCCUAAUUCUGAGCAAAGAUCCAUGGUUUAUCCAAGCUUGCGAAUGCGGAAGUAAUGGCUGUAUUUGCCAUCGCUUGAGCGCACGGAGAGGGGCUCUUGGAGUUACUAGUGCUACAAGACACAUCUUGUUAUAGCACAGACAUGGAACAGCAGCUUCCCCUGGCUUUUCACUCAAGCUACUGCGAGCAUCACCAAAGGGGGAAGCUCUGAUUUGAUGGAAGGGUAGAACUGGCAUCACUCUUUGCUACCUAGUGGCAAGCAGAAGUGGUUUGGGAGCAAUAUUGUAGGUUCUGUAGCUACUGCCUGUUCUUCCAUUUGCCUGGUUGAGGAGGGAAUUGGAGAGAGAGAGAGAGAAGCAACUGGAAUAGGGAAUGUUCCCACAUUGAGAUGUGUUAGGAGUUGGGUAGUCUGAUCUAUGCAGAGUCAGAUUUGGGAUUCCUUUUUGCUGUGAUUGGGGGGAUGGGGUGGGGAAGAAACCAUGUUGCUGAGGAUCCCCUUUUACUAAAAGAGAUAUGUUGCUCAUGAUGUGGUGACAGGAAUCCUCAAAACAUUUAAUUCAGACUCAAAUUCAGGGUGCUCCUUCCCUGUUGAGAGAGGUUUUGAAACUUGGCUUCAGAAACCAGAGUAACUUCCUGAAAACCUGAUUUCUGCUGCUGCUGCUUCCUCUUCCACCUUUCUUCUGCCUCCUCUCCAGGCAGGGAAAAAAAAACUUGUCCAAAAGUAAAGAAAGUAUAUCUGCCCAGGUUCUGGGAUAGGCUAGGAGCUCCCUUUCUGGAGAGGAGAAACCCUAUCCUUUUCUUGCUUCUGAUAUUGUCAGAAUCUACUUCAGGCCAAGAAUAUUGUUUAAAGACUUGUGUGGUUGUUUUAUGCUGUUUUGCAGACAGCAUGUAAAUGAUUUGAAAUGUCUUAUCUGAAAUGAAAAUAUUUCAUGCUUUUUUAAUCUAUUAGAUAUGGAAAUAUUUUUGAAACUGAAAAUGCAGUCAGUAGAAUUUAAAUUGAAAAUGUAAUACAUGUAAAAUAUAUUUUAGUUGAUAAUUUUGUAAAAUGCACUUUUUUGUGUCUCUUCCCUUGUUUCCCAGAUCUGUAUUUCAGUGUUUACAGAUGGAAUGAGAACAUUCCCUAUACCCUCCUUCUGUGAAAAAGAUAUAUUAGAAGUAAUUCUUAAAAAUAAAUUUGAGAAAUUGUAUUGAUUUAGAAAACAAA